GAUUCUCUGGGGGCGGCCCUUAAAGCGGGAGCACCACCCCCACGAGGCCGCAAGCCCUCCGAGGCAGGUCGAGUACAACUCCACGAUCUGGUUUGUCCACGGCGGCGGAACCCCCCACUGGCGGCCCGUCCGAGCGAGCGAUCGGCCUCCGCCGCGAUCACCCAUGUGCCGGGGGAAUGUGCCCAGAGCAUCGAGACAAGGGGUGUGUGUGUCUUGCUUAUGACGUGUUGGGUGCGCAGCCACAUCCCUCUCAGCUCUUAGCAGUCCCACAACACAACACGGCGUUAACGCAGUCCCAGAGGCGGCAUUGUCUGGUCCCAUAGCCGCCUGCUGCUGCUGCCGGUCUUUCAGCCCCAGUCAACACCUCAUCGACCUCGUGCACAACCUCGUGAGCUCGCAAUGCGCGCCAGGCAGUGGCCAGUCGCGGCAGCAGCCGGGCGGCCCACCACCAGCAGCAGCAGCAGCAGCAGCAGCAGCAGCCGCCGCCGCAGCCUUCCGCCGCUGCCGUCGCUGCUGCUCCUGCUGGCGGCGGCAUCCCUCAUCGCCCUUGGCAGCUUGACGCCGGCUCUGGCAGUGGCGACAGCAGACACGGCAACAGACUCCACUGCUGCUGCCGCUACAGCCGCCGCUGACUCAGCCCCCGGGGACCUGAUGGAGUCAGUGGCGUCCUUCCAGGCAGGUGCUACUGCCGCCGCUGCUGCCCCUGAUGCCGCCGCCGCUACAGCCGACUCGGCCGCGGCUGACGGCGGCGGUGGCGCCUUUGUCGCGCGCGCUCCGCAGCAGGCGGCGGCGGCUGGCGUCAACACCAGCGCCUCCGUGCAGGGGCCGGACCCUGCCGCCAACCAGACCAUCACUCAGGAGUGUGCCGCCUACACCGCGGCCCCGGGUCGGCCCGGCGACACCAGCCUCACAGUGCGCAGUGCGGAUGGCAGCGCCGUCACCAGUGUGUUGCUGGUGGCCGACGACCUGGGCGGCCCCAACGGCACUGCCGGGGCGCGGCUGGGCGCGGUGGAGGUGCGGGACGUGGUGCUGCGCCACCCGCGGCUGGGCGGGCUGGUGAUGUCCCUGCUGUGGCUGCCCUACGACGACGACGCGGGCGCACUGGCCGCCGCCGCCGCCAGCCCCCGACUGCUGGACGAGGGCACAGGCGGCAACAGCAGCAGCGGUGUCAGUGUGGUGAUCAAGGAGGCGAGGCAGGGCGGCUCGGGGUCGGACCUGGCCGGCGCCUCCUUCUCCGACUCCGCCCCCGGGGGCGGCCCCAUGAGCUACUGGGCGGCGGCCGGUAACGCCAGCGCCAACUACACCCCCGCCACCCCCCUGUCCACAUUCGGGGCCCUGGGCACUCCCUCGCGCGGCCGCUGGGCCCUGGUGGUGGAGGACGUGCGGGCGGGGGCCAACGCCAGCCGUGUGUCUCCAGUGCUGCUGCAGUGGACGCUGGUGCUGUGCCCGCCGCUGGACUCGCCGCCGCCGACCUGGCUGACUCAACUCAUGCAGCAGCAGGCCGCCAACCCCGGAGCCGUGGGCCUACUGGGCGGCGGCAGCCUGCGCGGCGGGCUGGGGGCUGCGGGCGUGUUCGGGGCGGGCGGCGGCCUGUUUGGCGCGGGCGGCGGCGGCGGCCGACUGGGCGCCGCCUCCCCCGUCGCCACCCGCGCCACCGUCACCGCCACCACCGCCUUCAAGCCCUACAGCGCCCUGGCAGAUGAGGCGGUGGCCAGCGCGGUCCGCGGCUAUGCCAACUUCCAGACCCUGUUCGGCCUACCCUACCAGCCCAAGCCCCUCAUCAACCAGUGGCUGCCCUGGGUGGAGCUGCUGACGGGCGGCACGGACGCGACCAUACAGAACCGCGUGUGGCCCGGCAAGAUUGUGUACUACGCCCUGCAGACGGAGAUCACGUGAAUCGUGUAUCUGGUAUAACCAACGACAGGGCUCUCAAACGAGGGCUGCCGUGACCUGGCGUUUCCCCGGCAGAGCGCAACCAGCUCUGGAGUCCACAGGGCAACGCACUCCGACCCUUCACCGCGCCAGUAAUCCUUGCGGAAUUACUACCGGUGUAACAACCUCAGACC